AUGUCGAAGACCAAGUCCGUUUCCAAGAAGGGUGCUGAGAAGCCCGUUGACAAGGCCUUGAGCAAGGUCAAGGAUGCCGGUGUGAGCAAGGCUGCUCAGUCCCCCAAGGCCAAGAGCAAGCAGAUUGCCAAGGCUGUUGUGAGCAAGGAGAAGAAGUCUUCCAAGAAGUCCAAGAAGGAGCCUACUCCUUCCGAGUCCGAGUCCGAGUCCGACAGUGACGAGGAGAUGGACUCUGACUCUAGCUCUAGCAGCGAGAGUGAGGAUGAGAAGCCUGCCAAGAAGGAGACCAAGAAGGCCGCUAAGAAGGAGGAGUCCAGCGACUCCGAGUCCGACUCUGACUCUGAGAGCGAUGAAGAGAUGAAGGACGCUUUUAGCAGCAGCGAGAGCGAGAGCGAGGACGAGAAGCCUGCUAAGAAGGAGACCAAGAAGGUCGCCAAGAAGGAGGAGUCUAGCGACUCCGAGUCCUCCGAGUCUGAGGAUUCUGACUCUGAGUCCGAGGAGGAGGCCCCCAAGAAGGCUGAGAAGAAGGUCGAGUCUGAGUCCGAGUCCGAGUCUGACUCUGACUCUUCCGAGGAUGAGGCCCUCAAGAAGGCCGCCAAGGAGUCUAGCGACAGCGACUCUGACAGCGACUCUGAGUCUGAGUCCGAGGAGGAGAAGAAGGCCGAGAAGGAAUCUUCCGACUCUGAUUCUUCCGACUCUGACUCUUCCGACUCUGAGUCUGAGGAGAGUGACGAGUCGCCUAAGGAGUCCAAGAAGCGCAAGGCUGAGGACGAGACCGCUGCUACCCCCAAGAAGACCAAGGUUGAGGAGCCCGCCGAGGGUGCUUCCGCCAACCUUUUCGUUGGCAACCUGUCCUGGAACGUUGACGAGGAGUGGCUCCAGCGUGAGUUCGAGGGCUUCGGUGAGCUUUCGGGCGUCCGCAUCAUGACUGAGCGUGACACUGGCCGCUCUCGCGGUUUCGGUUACGUUGAGUUCGCCAACGCUGCUGAUGCUGCCAAGGCUUUCGAGGCCAAGAAGGGCGCUGAGAUCGAUGGUCGUGCCAUCAACCUUGACUACGCCACCGGUCGUCCUGCCAACAACAACCAGGGUGCUCCCCGUGACCGUGCCCAGAACCGUGCCCGCAGCUUCGGCGACCAGGCCAGCCCCGAGAGUGACACCCUGUUCGUCGGCAACCUUCCCUUCAGCGCCAACGAGGACUCCGUCGGUGAGCUCUUCGGUGCUCAGGGUACCAUUGUUGGCAUCCGCCUCCCCACUGACCCCGAGUCUGGCCGCCCCAAGGGCUUCGGUUACGUCCAGUACGCCUCUGUCGAGGAGGCCCGUGCUGCCUACAACGAGCUCAACGGUGCCGAGCUUGAGGGUCGCUCCGUCCGCCUGGACUUCAGCACUCCCCGUCAGAACAACGGCGGUGGUGGUGGCCGUGGUGGUUUCGGUGGUCGUGGUGGUGGCCGUGGCGGCCGUGGUGGCUUCGGUGACCGUGGCGGUGGCCGCGGUGGCCGUGGCGGCUUCGGCGGUCGCGGUGGUGGUGCCGGUGGCUUCAACAAGGGCAAGGGCUCUAUCCCCGAGUACAAGGGCACCAAGGUUACCUUUUAA